GGUCCAAAGGGUUUUAUUUUAAAAAAAGGAAACGAUUUGAAGAUCGACUGGAAUUUCUCGAAAUAAUCUUUUGUUGGGAGUCGCCAAACGAGAGGCGAUUAGGGCAAAAAUUAGAGCGCUUGCCAUCCUUCUCGAUCUGAUCCUGCAAUGAAGAAGGGGAAGGAAUCAGCAGAUGCAGCAGCGAUGGGUGGAGACGUCGCCUGGGGAAGUAGCGGCUCCUACGAUGUGUUCCUGAGUUGGGGUCCCGAUCCCUACUGCUUUGAGUUCGUCGACGGCGUGUACCGUGGCUUGGUUGAGGCUGGAAUCCGCACCUUCCUAGAGGACAAAAGUAAAAGUGUUCAAUCCGGUGAUAGUAUUAGCGAGGAGUGUCUGAGAAUGGUCGACGAGACCAAAAUCUACAUUAUCUUCCUCAAUGCAUACUACACUUCAUGGUGUCUCCCGGAGCUUGUGGCAAUAGUUGAGAGCAAGUGGAAAUCGGGUGGUGGGAAAACGAUCCUCCCCGUUUUCUUCCAGAUCGAACCUCACGAUUUUGAGCUCGAAUCCUCUCUGUACAGCGUUCGCCUAUUGGAGAGAAUCGGGCCCGAAAAGCUAAAACUGUGGGCAGAUGCUCUUAAAGAGGUUGUUUCAUUACAUGGAUGGAAGGUGGGAUCUUACAGCUUCGAUCAGGUCACUGGAGAAAUCGUUGAAAAAGUCAUUCUCGAGCUGAAGGAAAAGGGAAUUGACAAACAAGUGGAGGACAUGAUGGACUUACUUGAUUUAGAAGUCAGUGAUGUACGAAUAGUCGGAAUAUGGGGGAAGGAUGGGGUCGGCAAGACGACUCUUGCCAAUGUCAUUUAUGAAAAAAUUUCCUCUCAGUUCAACAGUUGUAGUUUCCUUGCAGAUAUUGGGGCAACAGCGAAACAACGUGGAGGUGUUCGGCUUUUGCAAAGCAAGUUGAUGUUUGAUAUCCUAAACCGAGGAUAUGAGGUUGAUCAAGUUGUGAAAGGAGUCGAUUUUUUUAAAGGAAUAUUACGGAAAAUGAAGGUCCUAAUUGUUCUUGAUGAUGUGGAGGUACGGUCGCAUCUCCACGAAAUUGUUGGAGAGAAGCUUGAUUGGUUUGGUUAUGGAUCUAGGAUAAUUGUCACCACUAGUAUCAAAUCUGUUCUUCCAGAGUUCAUAUCUCGAGGGUUGGCUCAUGUUUAUUGUAUCAACUUGAUGAAUAAUGAUGAAGCUCUUGAGCUUUUCAGAAAGCAUGCACUGCGAGAACUUCCUUUAAUUCCAGAUUUUGAUGAAAUUGCAAGAGGUAUAAUCAACUCUGUGAAUGGGAUCCCAUUACUUAUCAAAGUAAUUGGUUCAUACUUGUCCAGAAAAGUAGUAGAAGAAUGGGCUGCGCUUGAGGAGCUAAUUUUGCAACCUGGCCUGGAUAUUACAAAGCUUUUUAUGCUUAGUUAUGAAGAAUUGAGCAAAGAGCAACGAGAGAUAUUUCUUGAUAUUGCAUGCCUCCCUGCUGAUGUAAAUGGUCGAAUUGCUUCUUUUAUGUGGCAUAAUCGCCCCUCUGAUGGAGUUGAUGCACUUCAUGUCAUGUCCCUGGUAAAAAUUGGAAAGAAUAAUGAACUAGGGAUGCACAGGUUGUUAAGGGAGUUUGGCCAACAAAUCAUACGAAUAGAGGAUGAUCUAGAUCAAGGAACGCGAGGCAGGUUAUGCAAUUUGGAAUUGGCCUCGAAUACAGAGAAGAUGGAGGGGACAGACCACUUCAACUUUGACGCAAGACAUUUUAAGAGCAUGCCAAAUAUAAGGUUUCUUAUCUUGGAUCGUGCAAAAGUUGCUGGUGAUUUUGCCAAUGUUUUUCCAAAUUUAAAGUGGCUCCAAUGGCGAGGAUGCACCAGAGAUUUUGAAGCUACUAAUUUUCAUGUCGAGAAAUUAGUCAUUCUUGAUCUUUCAUGGAGCAAAGUCACUGAAGACUGGGGAGGUUGGAGAAAAAUCAAGAUGCCACAGUUGAAAGUCUUGAAUCUUACUGGUUGUGCUGACCUAUUGAUGAGCCCCGACUUGUCCUCUUUCCCUGACUUGGAGAUAUUGAUUCUUGAACGGUGUUCUCGAUUAAUGAAGUUAGAUCCUUCUGUCCGUCAUUUAAAAUGCUUAACUACCUUAAAUUUGAGGUUCUGUGAUGAACUCAAUAUGUUGCCAAUUGAACUGGGUCACAUGAAAGCUCUUAAGGAGCUCCAUAUUGAUGGGACUUCGGUACAAAAAAUUCCCAUGUCAAUGGGUUACAUGAAGAAACUUGAGAUUUUUAGUGCCUCCAACUGUUUCCAAUUAAGUCACCUGCCUGAUUCAGUCUGUGGCUUGACAGCUCUUUCGAAACUCUCACUGGAAAAUGCGAAAAUUUCUCAAAUCCCUGCCUCAGUUGAGAAGCUGGUGAAACUCCAGAUCCUGUCUCUAAAGGAUUGUCGUUGGAUAGGAAAAUUUCCGGAUUCAAUUUGCACUUUGGGAAACUCAUUAGAGGAGUUGGAUAUAACAGGGACAGUCAUAUCUGAAUUGCCCAAUUCAAUUACUAGCUUGCGGCGUUUAAAAGUGUUAAAAAUGGAUUCUUGCUUCAUUAGAGAAUUGCCGAGAGAAAUUGGACAUCUGUUCAACCUUGAAGAGUUACAUGCUUCCCAUUGUAGGAGUUUGAAGGGAGCCAUUCCAUCUGCUAUUAAGGGUCUAUAUCAUCUGAGGAUACUGAGAUUGGGACAUUCCAGUAUUUCUGGCUUUUCUUCGGAAAUUGGAAGUCUUUCUUCUCUUCAGACUCUUGAUUUACUUCGGUGCAAUGAGAUUCGAGAACUGCCAGAGCUUAUUUCCAGUUUAACUUGUCUACGUGUGAGUUCUGAAAGGCUGGAGGCCUUGCCAGAUCUAGAGGAUUUAUUGAAGUUGGAGGAGAUAUAUCUGGGUGAUAAAGAUCCUAAGGAGCUCAUACGUUCCUCAACACAGACGGAGCCAAAAUUUAGAUUGACAGAUCUCUUAGUAGUGCUCAUAGGACUUCCAAAACUGAAGAUAUUAGAGUUGUCUCAUUCUCGAAUCGGUGAACUGCAACUUCGGCAUGGUUCCUCUCAUGUAAACAUCUUAAGAAGCUGGUUCUAUCUGGUGUGAAUCUUAAUAAGGUGCCAGAACUUCCCUCAUCAUUGUGCAUUUUAUCUAUUCGAUGUUGUUUGUCUUUGAGACAAUUGCCAGCAGUUCAUCAUUUGAGCAAACUAUCAGAACUAAGUCUCAUCCAAUCCGCGGUAGAAGAGAUUAAGGGGCUUCAAGGACUAAUUGCUCUGGAAAUCUUGAAUAUAACGCGCUGCGAAAUACGUAAUCUCAAUGGGCUUAGCCAAUUAACGGAGUUACGAAGUUUUAUUUUGUCAGACUGUGAUUCGCUCCGUGGAUUGCCUGAUAUAUCAAACUUGAAGAUGCUGAAUGUCCUAGUAGUCCAAAGAUGCAGGAUGAUCCAUGCUAUUGAAGGCCUUAUGGAGUUAACCUCCUUGGAGGAGCUGCGUGUUAGUGAAUGCAAGGCAGAACGCACACGGCAAGUAAAGAAUGCAUUAAAGCUCGUGAUGAGAAAUGUUCAAUAAAAAGUUGAUGUCCUGCACUCCUGGAGUGGCAUUCAGUUAUUGACAUGGCUGUCUGGACACAAUCAAAACCAUAGGGUGACACAUCACUGAAGUCCCUUGCGAAAUUGAGUUGGCAAACUGGUGACAAAAUUGCUGGAGCUGCAGUUUGAAAUUUGGCAUCAAAAGUUUUUCGGGUCCUUCAUCUAUCAGAAGUGGAAGCAAGUGCCAUAUACAAGCCCCUUGCACGACCUCACGGGUCAUCAGAUCCUUCAUGUUCCUCUCUCCCUCACCAAUCCAUUUCUGUCCAGUCUCUCUCAUUUAACUGGCGACUUAGUCGUUUCCUAUAAAUUUGGAAUGAUCUAUCUGCAAAGAUAUCUGGAAAAUAUGAAGGCACUGUAAGGAAUUUUCUCGUCUCAAAGGCAUCUCCAAUUCUUAGACGUUAUCCAUAAGCACAAUUUAGGGGCACAGUUGGUAGCUCUCACAUGCAAACGAACCCCCCAUAUUGCUGGUUGUCUGGCAUGUCAUGCAGGAGAUGUGGGUACAAAUGUUGCAUUUAGUGCAAGACAUGCUCGGGUGAGGUAAUAAUACAAAACGAUUUUCUCCUGAGAUUUAUCAACACAAACAGGUGUCUAUAGUACCUGGAUUUACAAUUUAUUUGACUAUAAGAAGUGCACCUCUUUUGUUCAAGCUCAGUGGUUUGUUAAGAAAUGCACCUAUUUUCCAAUGAUCUUUUACUCAUCACCCGUGGUGAAAGACUUAUGAGGUUUCUAUGUUUCAUACAGACUCUUCUUAAUGGAAUGAUGUUAAUUCUUGGGUUAAGAUUAAUCUGAGAGGCAACAUGAUAUAGAUUUAGUCUUUAAACUAGCCCAGAAUGCAUGAGCUUAUUGCAGUUGGAGAACUCGAUUUUAGCAGUCCCAUUGUCCUCGGACUCAUUAGUAUUUAGAACAUUUCAAUUGUUCUCUUGCUGAUGUAAUGUGACACACCCCGGAUGACAUGGAUGCCCCUCUGCUCAAAUGAAAGCAUCCUCACAAUAACUGCAAGAGUGACAUCUAUAUCCAAAUAGGUUGUAAUUGGCAGAGGUCAAGCUGGUUAGAAAGGAUCUAGUAAUGAUUGUAAGUGGUUAUUGAUUUUGGCAUCUUACUUCAUCUUGGUUUAAGACCACAAAUAGGUUGUUUUAGGUAACUUCUGUUCAGCUUGAGCUUUUGGCAUUGGUAUGGGACAUCAGUGCACAAUUCUGUUGAUCCUAGGUCAGCUUCUCACCUUUGACCUAAUAUGGCUUAUCCCAAUCCAAUCGUUUCUGAGUGCCGCUGUUUUUAGUAGAAUCAUUUGUAAUUCGACUUACUGAGUAAAUGCGAAUGGAGAGAGAAUGGAGAGCAGGGAAUUCUAGUAUCCUAGGUUUUCUAUGAAAGGAAGAGAUUGCCAGGUUAAGUUUGGCUUGCGGCUACAGGGAACUUAGAACAGAUGAAAUCUGAAUGAAAGUUGGUGACUGGAAGAUCUCGUUGGUUUGUGCUGGAGGGAAAAGAACAAGAAUGUCAUCAGCAGCAGCUUCUCGUCUGUUAUUAGGGAAGAAGCUUCAGCAUUGUGUAGCACCCUAGGAGCACGUGGUGGAACUGCUGUUUUAGGUUAAUGGUUUAUGUAAUACCGUAUGGAGAUGGAACUUUUGGGUAGGUUUUCACUGGCCAGUGGGCGGGUCACGUUGCGGUUAUCUUUGGUCCUUGAAGUUCCUCCCAAGGUUUCAAAUUAUAGCAGAAAUACACAAGUCUUGGAUAUCUUUGGCAAAUGUCGUAUCAGUUUGUUUACCAUUGCAAAAUCCAUACCAAUGCGGAGAGUUUAUUAUCAUCAUCAAGGGCUUGUUUGGUUAUCGGGAGUAAAACCAGCUGAGUGAAAUUAGGAUCGUGGUUCUCUUUAUCGCCUAUGUUUGGUGAAUUAGAAUGAGACUGAAUGGAAAUGAAGCUUGAGAAAGAAAAUUGUUGCAUUGUUGCAUUUUGAUUAUUAUGGAGGAAGGUCGUGGAGGAAGGUGGGAAUGAGUGAGAACAAGCGCAAGUCAGGAAAAAACGACUAGUAGAUGAUGGAUCAUUAGCCAAGUCAUUGGUUCGGUAACUUAUAAAUGAACAAAUGCGGCUUGGUAAGCACUGUAGCUCAUUUGCUUAUAUCUUUAGAAAUUUGAAACAAUAAAAUUCAAAUCAUAUGAAGCUAUAUUCCAA